AGGCGCGCGCCCUGGCUCGGUGGCCCGCACGCGCGCUCCCUUCCCUCGGUCUCCUCGCGCCCCGGCGCGCUCCCCGGUGCCAGGGCCAGAGGGAGGGGAGGAGGGCGCGCGCCUGUGUAAUGCCAGGAGGACGGGCUAAGCCCGCCGCCGAGUUACACAACCAGUCAGGGCAGAUCGCGCUGCAAAUGUGACUUUCCCCAAGUCAGCCGAGCUCUGGGCAGCCCGCAGCAGCCCAGCCCUGGCCCCGGCCGAGCCCCUGCCCCUGCUCUGGACGCUUCGCUGCAGCGGUGGCUGGACGAGACUCGCAUGACAUGUUUCCUCUGGGCAGUGGCACUGGGUGGCGUGUGGUGACCCCCGAGGCUGGGAGAGCACCGCCCGGGAGCUCCUCCGCCGGUGGCAACGCAUCCUCCUCCUAGACGGGAACCCUGUGUUGUGUAAACGAGCUGAUGGAUGAAGAUGAGAAGGACAGGGCAAAGAGGGCAUCACGCAACAAAUCUGAAAAGAAAAGGCGAGAUCAGUUCAAUGUCCUCAUCAAAGAGCUCUGCACGAUGCUGCAGGGUCAUGGCCACCCUCUCAAGAUGGACAAGUCCACAAUAUUGCAGAGGACCAUUGACUUCUUACAGAAACAGAAAGAAAUCACAGCACAGACCGAGGCCGGUGAGAUUAGACAAGACUGGAAGCCUUCGUUUCUUAGCAAUGAGGAGUUCACCCAGUUGAUGUUAGAGGCAUUAGAUGGAUUUCUCAUUGCACUUACCACUGACGGGAUUAUUAUUUAUGUAUCUGAUAGUGUCUCCUCUCUUCUUGGACAUUUACCGUCAGAUUUGGUGGACCAAAAUAUAUUAAACUUUCUGCCUGAGCGGGAACAGAGUGACGUAUACAAGCUCCUUUCUCCACAUGUGCUCAUGACAGAUCCUGUUGCAGCUGAUUUUCUAAACACUGAAAAGCAAAUAGAGUUUUGCUGCCAUUUAGCAAGAGGAAGCUUAGAUCCAAAUGAGCCCCUAACAUAUGAAUAUGUGAAAUUUGUAGUGGAUUUUAAAUAUUUUACUCAUGUGCCUACACCCUCCUGCAAUGGCUUUGAAUCCGCUAUUGCAAGAGCAUUCAGGUCAGCCACAGAAGAGCAGAUUUGCCUUGUCGCAACUGUUCGUCUUGUUACGCCGCAGUUUUUAAAGGAGCUGUGCAACAUUGAAGAGCCAUGUGAAGAAUUCACAUCGAGACACAGUUUGGAGUGGAAGUUUUUAUUCUUGGACCACAGGGCCCCACCUAUUAUAGGUUAUUUACCCUUUGAGGUUCUGGGAACGUCAGGUUAUGAUUAUUACCACGCUGAUGACCUGGAGCUUCUCGCUAGGUGCCAUGAACACUUGAUGCAAUUUGGAAAAGGAAAGUCCUGUUACUACAGAUUCUUGACCAAAGGCCAGCAAUGGAUAUGGUUGCAAACGCACUAUUACAUCACGUACCACCAGUGGAACUCCAAACCUGAGUUCAUUGUUUGUACACACCUUGUAGUUAGUUAUGCAGAGGUUCGAGCUGAAAGAAGGAGAGAUCUUGGCCUUGAGGAGUCAUCAAUCGAACUGGCCUCUUCUUCUUUGAAGAGUCACAAUAGUUACCUAGACAUCAGGCAAUGUGGAAACAACCAAGAAACCAGCAGGGACCGAGUGUCUGUAUCCUCGCCUAGCUCCCGGCGAUCUUCACACACCGCACUCUCCGACUCAGCAUCCACAUCAUCCAUGCGGCACACAGAGGCCAGCACUCCCACCAGGCAAUCAGUCCCGAUGGGUCAGCAGGAGAAGGUGUCUCUGAGGCUGGCCUCGAGCGGGAGCGCACAGGCAAUAGUAACUCCUCAGGCAUCCGCUGAACAUCUCACUCAGCACCAUGUGGCCCAGCCAACAAUCCCCUCGCAGCAAGCUGUGAUGCCAGUGUACCACUUCCCAGCCCAGUUAGGGAUGAUGCAUCAACUAAAAGAACAGCUGGAGGAGAGGACGCGCAUACUGCAAGCUGACAUCAAGACACAGCAAGAAGAGCUCCAUGUUAUCAAAGAGCAGCUCCAACUAGUGCAAGAUUCCAAUCUGCAGAUGCUGAUGCAACAACCUAUGCCCUUAGUCUUUAACAACGUACAACAACAGAGCCCAAGAAGGCCAUCCCAACCACAGCAGCCUGGGGCAACCAGGCAGACCACAGCCAAGAAGUCUCAGCAGCAAGGCCUUAUGGGAUCCAAACACUACAGUGCCCCACACUUACCGUCACCACAUCAAUUCCUCAGGGAACCUUGUGUCACUUCCUCACAGGUACAGCAGCAGCAGCAGCACUUAAUGAGAGGCAGCCAGGCCCAGCAAACAUGUCUGCCAGCGCAGACAAGUAUUUCGAUGCCCCUCUACAACAGCCCCAUGGUGUUUUCCCAAACUCAGCCCAUCACUGUCUCUGCUCAGAUGCCAACGGAAAUGAGCGAAAGGCAACAACCGUCUGACUACAGCCAAGAUAGGAGUCUAAGAAUGUUGUUAGAUCAGCCAGUCCAAGCCUUGAUGCCCAGUGCUAAUGGCAGUAAUCAGUCAUCACAAAACAGUGCUGGCAGACAGCAAGCCAAAUUUGUUCCAGAACAGCAGAUGCUGCCUCCCCCAUUACAGAUGCAGCCAAUUACAUGUAGCACAGUCAGGGCUCCUGCCCCUUCUCCUGUAUUUACCCCUUCGGUCAUGAUUCCACAGGCCAACUUCACCUCCCACCAGACGCAACCUCCAGUUCAUCUCCACCAAUGGCCACCCCAACAACAGGUUCAGCAGCAACAUCUCUACCUGCAGAUGCAAGCCCCAGAGUCGGUCCAGGGGAGUCAAAAUCAGCGUAUUUUCCAGCCAUCUCAUAUACCGCAGCAGAAUACCAUGGGCUACUUCCUCCAGCCACAGCAACAAAGCCACCAUCCGCAGGGUCAGUCCUGCAACUUACAGGACUUGCCUGAAAUGCAGCUGCCCUGAAAGCCAGGGCAUGAGGAGAAGGUGAUGAGUCGCAGCUGCUGUGUUGAGCAGCAGUCAGGGGAAGGACGGCGAAAUUCGAGGCGAGAAGGCCCUCCUCAUGUGCCAGAGGGGUGAGGGUUAGCCCAGAGGGAAACAUGGCAGCAUGGAGGAAGGUCCCAGCAGGAGAGCAGGAUCGCCAAAUGGGUACCUUGUCGAUUACCAUUUUUAUGUAUUCAGUCCUUGAUGCGGCCCAGCGACAGGAUCAAUGCAAAGUCUGGAUUCAUUAAGCACCAGGACCGUUCGACUAAACACAGUUUAACUGUGACCAGCUAGAACUCCCGUUCACAUACAUCCUGUCAACAUGGGCUAUUAAGUGCUAAAAGUAUUUGGAGGCUAAAAUCAGGAUAGUAGGAACUGGUCGUGGUGCUCUUGCCUGCCAAAGCUAAUCUGCAAAGGCGGUUAGAGACUUGUUGAUCAAAAAUGGUUGACUUAGGUAGGAAAAUGAGCUCUGAAGUCAUAUGUGGCUGUUAUUGGUCACUAAGCCAGACACAGCGCAGCAGGACCAUUCCUUUGGACUGCAAUAUGGAUUUCUAGCUGCAGGCACGUUAUUAAUCAGGUCAGUGCAAAGAUCACUUUGCAACUGAGAAAAUAUUUUCAAUUCAGGACACAGACGCUCCUUUUACAUAAUGCUGAAAUUCACUGUGAAUUUAAGACCAGUGUUCGGAACACAGAAAACUGUCAGAAUCAGCAGGAUCCCAGUUAAUUAUCGUGUACAUAAUUCGCUUUGUUGUAGUAGGUUCAUUGUGGAUUUUGUUUCCUUUUUUCCUAUACCUCAAUCCCAGAAUUAGUUUUUUUCAGAUGAUUGGAUAAUGCUGCUAAUUUCUGUACCACCACUCUUGCCUAAAUUUCGUACUGUUGUUAUACCAACUCACGUCACCAGUAAUAAGAUACGUGUGCAGAUAAAUUUAUAUGUUUUUAUUCCCUGGAGCCAAGUAUUUUUCAGGGUGUACCAACAAGGAGUCCUUAUAUUUUCCACGGGACCUUGCAGUACAUGCUUCUUUACACCUGAAAAUCAGAUGAAGGCAAACUUUGUGGUUUUGCUAGUUCAUGUUUCAAUUUGGCAAAGCUGAAAUUUAUACUAACGAUGACCCAGGUGAUAUUCCAAGCCUAUAGGGUUAGCAAUAAAUUGUAUUUUUGUAAAUUGUCACUUUUUAACUAUAUGUUUAUAUUUAUGAACUGACAAAAAUGUCUAUUCCUCAGUGGGUGUAUAGUAAAGUGGCCCUACUGUUUGUGUCUUUCCAAAGGAAAAUGAAUAUUUAAUUUUUAGAUGGUUUUUUUUUUUUUAGUAACUGAGUGUUAGAUUUGGGUCAUGCUCGAUCCCAAACGCGGAAGACAAUGUAUGCCAUUAACACCAGCUCUGAGACAAUGCUUGGAUACUUCCUUAAAGCAAAAAAAAAGCAAUGGCAAAGUCAUAACAUUGUGGCUGGCCUCGGAAUAGAGUUUAGGGAAAGGUUAUUGUCUUCAUCCGUCUGCUCUUUCUAGGCCCUUUUGGGACCCCUCCGUCAGCAUGCGCUCGCGGUGCCAGCCUCUAGUAGUUGAGAUGAAACAGAUGAGGCUGAACGCGUGGUGAGGUCAGGUGGAUCCCGGGCCGGCUCCAGGCACCAGCCUGGCAAGCAGAUGCUUGGGGCGGCCACUCCGGAGAGGGGCGGCACGUCCUGCUCUUCGGCGGACGGUCCCUCACUCCCGCUCGGAGCGAAGGACCUCCCGCCAAAUUGCCGCCGCAGAUCACGAUCGCAGCUUUUUUUUUUGGCUGCUUGGGGCGGCCAAAACCCUGGAGCCGGCCCUGGCCGGAUCAUAGUGAGCAGUAGAGCUGUGCUCAGCAUUGCUUGGAAAAGGUGACUGUAAGUCACCAUUGGGCUGCCAAACCUACCAAAGCCGGGCUCACUUUGCGGGAAUGCUUUAUUUUUAGCCAGCUCCCAAAGGCUGUUCAGGCACCAUGGGCUCACCGGGCAUAGGGCCCCACACUCCCCUUCCCCCCCCCCCCCCCCGGUCCACACCCCUAGGCUGUAUAGCAGCCCUGUGCCACAGCAGACUUUCCCGAGGCAUCCUCAGCUACAUUGCCCUGGUGGCGGCUGCGGUCCAGCCAAGCAUCUGGGUUAUGAUGUUUCUUUGGCCACUUUAAAAACCAUUUCCAAAGAACGUCAAGGUGCAUGUUCGUUUCCAGGCCUGCCUGGGCGUGUUUGGGCCCCACCCGCACUCGGCUAUUGGGCGCCUGCUUGUGAAACUGACCGUGGACACUGAGCAGAGCUGGGACUGAGCGUGUUCGAAGCGGGGUGCCUGGCUUUGCCUAGGAAGGGUGUGGAGCAACUGGCAGGCUCACCCCGGCUGCAGUCUGGGUGCCCUGCUGCUGGCGGCAAUACUUGUUUGCACCUUGCGUGGGGCAUUGAGAACCAUAUUAAUUAGGUCUAAACAUUUUAGUAUUAAAACUCAAGUCACAGUUCGAGUGACUAAGGCUAGGUCUACACUACGGGGGGGGGGAGGUGUGAGGACGGCGGCGAGUGAGGACGGCGGCGAGUCGACUGCUGCCACUCCCCCGUCGACUCCGCUUCCGCCUCUCGCUGCAGUGGAGUUCCGGCGUCGACAGCAGAGCGACCGGGGAUCGAUUUUAUCGCGUCUACACUAGACGCGAUAAAUCGAUCCCCGAUAGAUCGAUCGCUACCCGCCGAUCCGGCGGGUAGUGAAGACGUGCCCUAAGAGGAGAGCAGUACAUACUGUUAGGGGAGAGCUCCGUUCCAUCAGGCUACACCCUAGCGCUGCGCAGCCAGCAUCAGUCACCAGGGGAGAAUAGACAUGUGUUAGCUGUUUUCAUAGCUUGGUUGGAGCCCCGUGUACAAUAUGCUACUAGGCCAUGGUGGUGUAUCUAGAAAAGAAGGGAGCUUAACAAUGAGAGGUUGAGGAGGCAAAGUCUAACCCCCUAGCUGUACUGUAUGACCUGGGGCAAACGCAUAGGCUGGAAUUGGCAAAUGUGCCCAUUUUUUUUGGCUGGCUCAGUGAGUGUAACUCAGUUUUUGGCCAAGGCAGCUAGGGUGACGGUUGGGCUUGCAAGUUGGGUACCAAAGAUUAGCCAGCAAAAAAAAAGCGACAGAGUCCCUGUGGCACCUUAUAGACUAACAGACGUAUUGGAGCAUAAGCAUUUGUAGGUGAAUACCCACUUCAUCACUCACGAAAGCUCAUGCUCCAAUACGUCUGUUAGUCUAUAAGGUAUCACAGGACUCUGUCAGUUUUUACAGAACCAGACUAACACGGCUACCCCUCUGCUACAAAAAAAAAAAUGUUGGCCUUAACAUCACUGAGCUCCUGUUUAGAGUGUGUUUACCCACCUCAGCUGCCAGAGGUAUAGGAAUGGGAUUGUCCCUGCCAAUUCCUUGUGACUGAAGCGUGUUGUAAUGUCAGGGACCAUGGCUGGAAAAAUGAUGUGCAAUAGCAACCGCCUUCCCACUGACGGCCUCAAACGUCUACUUAGCAAAGUGUUGUUUGUAGCUGUCUUUUACCUGCAAAUACAAGGGGCACCAAUUGUGCCCGUGGAUGCACUUGGGUGAUCCAUGCUGUGGCCCAAAAAUGGCCCCACAUGUAUAACAGGACGUGCCUCUUGGGAGCCAUUGGCCGACACACUCGCACUUGGGGCUACAGGCAAUUGUGCAACGUGUGGUACGUAACUAACACUCGCACUGAAGAGAGGGUGUGUUUUGCUUGAGGCCUGCUUAGGGCCUCUAAGAGCCUGGUUGCCGCCGUGUAUCCAUUCCAGGGGUGUGUCAUGCUACAGCAAAUGUGGCUGAAAAGGCAGAUAGCUACGGCCGCUUAGCAUUAGUGCUUUGGGUCAUAGGAACCCUUAUGGCUGGGCGCGUUCGCAAACUCCUCAGCAGGGCUCCGUGGCUGGUAUAGACGGCAUGGAGUCCGUAACCUCCGUAUCUUCUGCAGGGGCCAGUGGGGCUGAGCCCAGGACUGCCCAAGCAGCUGGCUCCGGGGCCUGUCAGGACAGCCACACCAGCCGCUGCAGCAGUCCCCAGCAGCAGUGCCAGUGCCCCCCACCCCCUCCAAGAUUUAAUUACAGAUAUAAGUCAUGGACAGGUCACGGGCCAGGAAUGGUUGUUGCUUGGCCGUGACCUGGCCAUGACUUUUACUAAAAAUACCCGUGACUUAACUGUAGCCUUACUCAUGAAGGAUGUGUCUUUGGAAAGGAAUGGGAUUCCACUGACAGUAGCAGUUUGUUCGUUCAACUCUUGAUUGAUAAAAAGGACUGGGGGAGGGAGGAACCAUUGGCAUUCAGGGUCCGGCUCCUCUGAGGCUGGAGGGGGUCCUACCCAGUUUGAGGAGAGGUGCACAGUGGUGGAUUAGUGGGCCAAUUAAGAGGGCCCCCAUGAAAAAUGGGCACUCCACACACAUCCCCCGACCUGCUCCACCAGCCUGGCACUCCUGCCUGUCAGGGGAAUGGACUAGCUGGCCUGCAGGCAGAAGAGGUGGCGAGGCCCCCCCUGGCUCUGGCCCCACAAACCCCUAAUCCAAGGCUAGGGCUAAUUGCACUAAGUGUAGCCCAAGCAGCGUGAGGGCUGGCUGCCCGCCAUGAAAUUCCAGCUGCACCCAAACACUCGUCACUCACACGGCUCAGCUACUGUUCGGUUUUUAGCACGUGCAGUCUACAGCUACAGGCACCGAACAUGACCCCGCCAGCCCCAGUGCAGGCGUACCCUCAGAUACAUGCUCGACACCCAGGCUGUUUUGCUGCAGCUGAAGGUCAUUGGUGCAGCACUCAAGGAACAAACAUACACACACCCUAGUUCACAAACCGGUGUAGGGCAUGGCCCUUGUACAGGCCCAGCAUCCAGGAUGUGCCCUUCAGCACCAGUGAGCGUCGUCAGCCUGGAGCUCAGGCUGGCCGAUAGCUGUGCGGUGCUGUGCGAAGGCACUACCACAGCGUCUGUUGUGGCACCCGUCUUACAUUUGCCAAAGGGGGUUGGGGUUGAAAUUUUUUUUUGUUUUAAACAAGCUUGUGUUUAAACCCCCCACCCCCACUCUGUGCGCAGUACCUGCCACUACUUUUGAUAAAAUGCUACGGUAGCCUUGGCUGACUUCGGGCCACUUUGGUACAGUAUUGCACUUGGAAUGUGUUUCAAUGAGGCCAAGACAUGGACAAAAACGUGUUAUAGGAAACUGGCCAGUUAGUUAUUAUACAGAUUAAUCACAUUCAAAAAAGCACUAGAUAAGUUCAUGGAGGAUAGAUCCACCAACGGCUAUUAGCCAGGAUGGGCAGGGAUGAUGUCACUAGCCUCUGUUUGCCGGAAGCUGGAAUGGGUGACAGGGGAUGGAUCACUUGAUGAUUACCUGUUCUGCUCAUUCCCUCUGGGGCACCUGGCACUGGCCACUGUCGGAAGACAGGACUGGGCUAGAUUAACCUUUGGUCUGACCCAGUACGGCCAUUUUAAUACUUGCUUGUGGGCUUUCGCACGCUCGCGCUUGCUAAAAUUAAGGUGGUGGCAGCACAGGUGAACCCCUGUGACUACAUCCUUGUAACUGAAACCAUCACGAUAAACGCCCUACCAGCCUCGGCUCUUUUGAGGCUUGUUUGUUUUUUUAGCCCGUGUAGACAGGCUUUUGUACCGAAACACGUUGGGCGAGGGGGACGCUAGCAUGUGCUGCAGCCAGUGUGAAUGCAAGGUGUGCCUAAAGGCCUGGGCCGGGUUGCCUCAAGUAACAGCCACACACUCGUACGCUGCGCCAUCAGAGACAGCCGCACUGCCUGAGCAACCCUUCCAACAGCUGUUUGCCCCUUUUUCACAUCAUUAUUAGGUUGGCCCCCAAAGCCAAUAGUUUAACUGGAAAACAAAGUAAGCUGGCAGGGAAGAAAGACGGGCGAGGAGCUUAUGCAAAAGCCAAUGUUAAAAAAAAAACAAGGCCCAAAAAUUCUCAUCCUCACUCUUUGUGCGGCUGGGCUGCUGUCUCUGGUUUGGCCUUGUAAACCAGUCAACUCUGCUGCAGGCAGCGGGGGCUAGUGUGAAUGAGGCCAGCAGCCGGCACUGGGCUCUCCACUAAGGCACAUUGUAGUGCAGAGAAAGCCCAGGUUUUAGAGAGCUCUCUGAGGCCGAAUCAAUGCAGUUGCCUUUUCAUUGUUGCUUAUGGAACACAGCGCUGGACAAUUGUCCAGCUGAGACUUACAUGGCUACUAUGUGCAAUAUGGGCAUCCUCUGCCAGCUCGUUGCAGGUGGGAACGGCUGGGAGCUGUGACAAUAUGGCCUUGAGGAUGGCUGCUAUAUGUGGCUGGGGAGAGUGGGGUGGGGAAAGAAAAGAGGCUAAAUGGUGGCCCUAGAACGCAGAGUUUGGGACCCUCUUUUGGAUUGGCCUUUCAAAAAACAUGCACUUUAUUAAGAAAAAAACCCCUACCCCUUCUUUCCACUGUCUAUCACCCCUGUUAGUGCAAUUUGGCUAAGAGAGUCGUGAUGUAUGUUGACAAGCCCUGGCUAAUACUGGCCAUGUCACUAUGACUCAUGUGAAGAGGCUGCUUUCAUCAAGGCGCAUUCUUUCUUGCCGCCUUCAAAGCUCCUCCCAGUUUUCAGACAAUCAUGAGCGCACCACACUGUUGAGGUCCUUACUCAGGUUUUACUCAGUUUCUGUUCAGUCCUUACGCAGGCAAUCUCCUGUCGAUGCAACAGGAGCCCAACCUGUGUAAAUACUGAAUCCAGACCUCAGCCGUUGGCCCUGAGCUCUCUCAAAUAAAGCGAUCCUAUUCAGGUUACCGUUGAUUUGUUUACCUCUGUGUUAACGAUGGCCUGUGUUUUUGUGACCUGUUUGGAAUUGCCUAUUGUCAACUGGUUUCGGUAAGCAGGUGGGCUUGUCCACUUACAAUGGGAUGCACAUUCUACCAGCAGUAGAGACUGGGAUUAUUCCUGUCCUUUGGACUCUAGAACCACCACAAAGUGUGUCCAAAGAUUGGCGCCAGCUCAGAGCGAGACACCUUAAGUCAUAAACAUUGUCCGGCUUUCCAGUACACACGUGUAUACACAUUUGGCCACACAAUUCCAGACCUCUGAAAACACAGGCAGCUUUAAUUCAAAUCUUGCACUUUUAGCAUAUUUGUACAUUAUAAGCUAAAGCCUGGUGGUGAUAACCAGGCUGGUUUGACAAACACAGUGAAACAUUCUUGUACAUAUUGUACUAUAUCCCCUGUAAAAACUUAGACUUGAGUAUGAAGAUGAGUUUAUUUUAUAUGAUGUCAAAUAUAGAUACAUUUAUAAAUGUUAAAGUAUUUUGUAAUGGAAAAAAGGAAGUGUCUUAUGAAGACAGUUAGAUUUUAUUGUUGUCUUGCAUUACAUGUCUCUGCGCAGCUCCAUUGGAUAGGAGCCGUCGCAUCUCGACAAGCUUUAACAGAGUGUACAUAGUAUUUUGGAAGAAAAUAAAAGUAUACUUUUAAGACCUCUUACACGUGUGCUUUGCUUGGUACUUACAGAACAGUCCAACUGGAGUUUCUAAGUCUUGAUCGGGGCCGUGGAAUGUGGCUUACGAACACCGCAAUUGGCUCAUCAUAUAUAAUUGGCCACACAAAAGCAACUGUGGUGGGUGGCUCACAACAUAGGCUGGGCCUGUUGGGUGUAGAGCCCAGAAGCCGUGGGGAACCUCACGAAGGGAGGAUAGCAGAAAGACAGACCUUGCCUGGUUGGGAAAGAAGGGAGGAGCGACAAACCCCUUUGGGAGAAGGACGAGGAUGAGGUAGUGGGGGAAAAGAGAGAGAAGUUAACAGGAUUCCCAGCCCUCAACUUUAGAAUUCUGAAGGUAAGGAUCAUACAUUGGGAUAAAUCAAUCCCGGGAUUAGAAAUCUGGUCUCCUCUUUGACUGCAAUGUUCCUUGUUCUCCCAGCUUUCGCUUGUUUCUAUCUCUACCUAGUGGCAUUGACAGCGGGAGGCUGGUUUCUUGUGCCUCUGUUUAGUCCUGUGUUUUGGUUAUUGGUUUGGCAAAGACUCUGUAAAAAUGGAUUCUGCUUAUAGUGUCUGAACUGGAUCUGCUGCCUAUAACUGCUAAAAUCCACAUGGCACUGGGAGUGCUAGGGUGAUCAGAUGUUCCAAUAUUAGGGGCUUUGGCUUAUAUACGCACCUAUACCCUCCACACCCUCGGGAGAAAAAAGGGUCCAGAAUUUUCACACUUGCUCUCUAGUCAUCCUAGGAAGUACAUACCAUCCGUGCACUGGCUUCCUGUUUUUCUCAAGGUGCGGGGAUAACAUUUAAACCCCAAAUGCUCUGGGACUUGACUACCCUCUCCUUGCAUUCCAUCAACUGAGUGGUUUUUAGCUCUCAGUUCCAGGGGACACAACAUUCUCGGACGACUGAAGGCACAGCCUUCUCCAUUAGGGUCCCACCUUUGGAAAGUUUCAUUUCAUUCACUAAGGUCCUGAACUUUGCUAUCUUUGCACACCCACAAUUCCCAUUUCCUGCAAAAGGGUAAGGCUGCCUUUUGCAAAAGCCAGUAGUUCACUGCAGCAUUCCCUGUUACUACAGUAAAUUAGAGAGAUUCUGCUUUUAGUAAGUAUUAAGGAUGGGAUUGGCCUUUGUGAUCCUGAAGGCACUUUUGAAAAUCCCAUGCUGGUUAAACAUUACAGUAAACCUGGAGCUCACUGAAAAGGGAACACCAUGUCUCCAAAGCAGGUUUUUUUUCUUAAGUGAAACAAGUUUAUUGAUAUCUCAUUACUUACAGUACUUUUACUGCAUACAGUACAUUGUAUAAAAAGCCAACGUGCCGGCACAUAAACAUGUUUUGCAUUCUCGGUGAUAGAACUGUAGCAAAAAGACAAAAUAUCUUUUUUCUCUGGAAAUAAAUUGGAAUAAUUCUGUUAAGAAACUCUUUUACUCAAAUAACAAUUACAAUUAAAUAUAAGAAUUUUGUAUAGUACAACUGGAUGGAGGCUCUUUUAUUAAGUAAAUAAACAUAUCCAUUUCUUAGUUGCCAUGCUGGCAAACUACUAAAAAGAUCAGUAUGUUAGGGCCAAUCUACCAGUACUGAACAAUUACUGUGUUGGAUGGAGUGAACCUUAAAUGAUUUUUAGUACCAUAUGACUGAGCUCACCCCUAACUUCCUAGAAAACAUUAAAGUGCUUGUCUUUUUCAAACAAUUACAAUAUUGGGUCCUGUUCUUCCUUCAAUCUGUAAACGUAACAUCCAUUUUAGUGGGAGCGCCACAGUGAAUUUGCCAUUCCCAGCUGAAACUGUUAAAAGGUCACCACUGUGUCUGGAACUGCGGUCAAUCCUGCCACAGUUCUGACUGUGCUGCUGGAUGGGUG